ACGGCGCUGGCCGGCCCCGCCCCGCCCUCUCCCUCGGGACAUCUCCUUGCCAAGCUCCGCUCUGCCCGCCUCCUCCAGGCCUGCACUCAGCACCGCACUUCGGGCCCUAUUUCCUGCUCCUCAGAGUUCGGAAGUCCUGUGUUCAUCCUUGUUCACCCCAGACUCCUCAAGCAAGGGUCCCAGCUUGUCUGUGUCUUACUUGUCUAUGACAUGGGGAUGCUGUGGGUGAUUAGUGACCUAUAAAUGCCCCCUUGCUUCUGUCCCCAUCUGCAGUGGGACCGUUGAGGGGGUUAAGCAGUGCGUUGAAGACCGUUCUUGGUGGACAGGUUCACGAGUCUCACACGGGGGCUCCUGGGUCUUGCUCUUUGUAUUCCUGACCUUUGUCACAUUCCAUGGCCAUGAGAGUGCAACCAUGGAGUCUUCUAGGAUCUUCAUGAGAAAGCUGCCAAUCACACCCGGCUACAGUGGCUUCGUGCCAUUCGUUAGCUGCCAGGGAGGCUCCAGCGAGGAAGAUGUGGGCCACUGCCUGAAGACCUUCCAGGAGAGCACGCGCAGAUACAAAGCCCAGCUGGAGGAGCUUCGCUGCUUGGUGGCCACUGCUCCCACACUGAAGCCUGUGUGCUCCGAGGAGACGGUCCAGCGGGCCGUGCACGAGUACUACCGGAAGUACCACCCCUUGAGUCUGGAAUGCAAAUACAUCAAGAAACCUCCCGAGGAGCCUCCCAUCCCCGGCUGGGCAGGCUACCUGCCUAGAGCCAGGGUCACUGAAUUUGGCUGUGCCACAAGGUACACUGUCAUGGCCAGAAACUGCUACAGGGACUUCCUGAACAUCACAGAGCAGGCCAGGAGGGCACGUCUAAAGCCAUACGAGGUAACUCACGGAGUCAGCACCCCACAGCUUCCUGCUCCUUCUCCAAGAGUGCUGAUCCACGGAGGGCUGCUGCCCAAAUACCCGGAUUUCUCUGUCCCAGAUGGAAACUGCCCCGCCCUGCAAAGACCCUUGACGGAGGACCCCAGCACCCUGGGCCCGUGUGGCUGUGCUCAGAGGCCAGACCUGUGGUGCAACGAGAAGUUCUCUCUAUAGCCACUGUCCUCAGCAAGCUAUGCAGAAAGCUAGGUGCAAGAGGAGAACCUUGGGGGCAGGGCUCAAAAGCCUGCUGUCGUCACAUCAAAAUCAGCCCACACCCUCAUGGGUGAUCAGAGCUUUAAUAGCGAGAACUCUCUUAGUA